UUAGCAAAUCGCAUUUCAUGAUCGUUUCUCUUCCAAUAAUUGAGGUCUUCCGCGGACGAGAAGAACGUAGGGUUCUACUUCAUUCCAGCCCUCCCACAGCACCGUAACCUCGUACCACAAAAGCUUUCCCUUGACUUUGCGUUUACAUGUUCGACUCCGUCUUGAUUCAUCAAAGAAGCCUCCCCCAGAACGAAAUGGAGAACAACGUUGCUGAAUCGACUCAGCCAGAUCUGAGGCUGAAGUGGGACGUGUUCCUGAGCUUCCGAGGCGCGGACACGCGCCACGCCUUCAUCGGUCCUCUCUACGACGCGCUCCGGAGCAAAGACGUCCGGGCCUUCCGCGACAACGAGGGCAUGAACCGGGGCGACCAGAUCUCGCCGAGCCUGCUGGCGGCGAUCGAGGACUCCGCCAUGGCGAUCGUGGUGAUAUCGCCGGACUACGCCGGGUCGCACUGGUGCUUGGAAGAGCUGGCGAAGAUAUGCGAGUGCAGGAAGCUGAUACUCCCGGUGUUCUACGGGGUCGAUCCCUCGGACGUGCGGCAUCAGAGGGGACCGUUCGAGGGCGCGUUCGAGCGUCACGUGAAGAGGUUCGGAGACGCGAGGGUUUCGGCCUGGAGAGCUGCCAUGAGACAAGCCGGUGGAGUCUCCGGUUGGAUCUUCAGGGGCCAAGACGAUCGGAGGUAAAAGAUCUCGAGCCUUUCUUUUCCUUCCUCAACGUAAGUGAGUUGAGAACACCUAAUAUCGUCCAUGACGUUAACGAGGAAAUAAGAUUAAUCUCUAAAGUUUGUGCAUAAUUAAAAUCGAGAUUAUCCCAAUUAAAUAAUCGAUACAUCAAUACAAAUAUCCUCUUUUCUCUACCGUUUUG